AUGGAACUGUUCUUGUGCUACUUUGCCAUGCCUGAUACACUUCGACGAGUGAUACCUGGUGAUUUCGUAAAGAACUUCAAUGGGAAGAUUAUCAAGUUUGGCUGCUUGAGAAACCUACAAGGAAAAAUUUGGAAAGUGGAGUUAGCACAGGCUGGGUGCAAACUGAUUAUCAAAAAGGGUUGGAAAAACUUUGUAGUAGAUAACUCAUUAACCCGAGGAGAUUUCUUGACCUUUGGCUACAAUGGUAAUGUCACGUUCACUGUUGAAAUAUUCUGUACCAAUGGAUGCAAGAAGGAAGAAGCUACUGCCACCCGUGUGGAUGCAAGAGUCUAUUCGCGUGAAGUAACAAUGAUUCCUCGGAGUAGAACAAUUCCAUUGAACAAUAUACAAUUCAGAAGAGUUUUCAAAGGAUGCCUUUAUGAUUUGUAUUUCUCAUUUUCCAGCUACAAAAUUUAUCAUUUCAUUCCUGCUAAUAUCUUCGACACUUAUAACAUAGUAGCCCCCAAACUGAAUCAUUCAGGAACAAUUCUUCUACGGAAUCAGAGAGGGUAUUCUCAGGAAGUGAAGUUCUGGAAGAGGGUUGACCGUGUUGCACUCAGUCAUGGAUGGAGAGAAUUUCAGAUCAACAGCGACAUAGAUGAGGGAGACGAGUGUGAAUUUGAAGUUAUUGUUGGUGAAGGGAGAAAGAUCAAGGAGAUAUUAUUGCUGCAAGUUCACCCCACAAGUUCUUCUUAG